CAAAAAGCAUUGAACAGAGAAGAAUCAAAUUUCCAAAUGGGGAAGCUAGCAAAACAAUUAAUCCGAUGAGACUGUUUUACCUUUCUUCUCCCAAGUCUUGCUGAUUGAUGUUUGUUGGACUUCUCCUUCUUCAACUAUCCACCUUCGUCUUUCUUCCUUCUCCUCUCUCCUCUUCUUUCUCGAUCAAAGUACAGGCAACGCUCAUGGGCAUGGCGGAUCCUAAUAUCGUUGUGAACGGUGACUUCUCUGCUGGGACUGAAUCUUGGUAUCCUAACGGAUGUGAAGCGUUUGUUGUUUCUUCUGAUCCAUUUAUCUCAGAGGCAACGUCUGCUGAAUCCUCGAGCGGUGGGUAUGUCGUUGUUACUAAUAGGAAAGACACUUGGCAAGGUCUUGAACAAGACAUUACAUCCCGAGUUUCUCCUGGAACUACUUAUACUGUAUCAGCUUGUGUCGGUGUGUCUGGUGCUUUCCAUGAAUCAGCUGAGGUUCUUGCUACUGUGAGGCUUGAGCAUGAAGCCUCGCCUACCGAGUAUUUGUUCAUCGGGAAAACAUUUGCCUCAGGAGACAAGUGGGUUGAUCUUGAAGGAACGUUUUCCAUAUCAAAUAUGCCCGACCGUGUUGUUCUCUAUUUGGAAGGUCCAGCUCCAGGGAAAGAUCUACUUAUACGCUCAGUUACUGUUAGAUCAUCCACUACAAGUGAUUUCCAGUAUACCAAAGAAAACACAGAAGCUUCCAGUGGCUUUCCUCCUGCUUUGAAUAUCAUCAAAAAUCAUGACUUCUCUGAUGGGUUGUAUUCUUGGAAUGCCAACAGUUGUGAUUCAUUUGUUGUUAGUAGCAACGACUGUAACUUAGAAUCAUAUGCGGUUGUUAAUAACCGAAGCGAAACCUGGCAAGGACUGGAGCAAGAUAUCACAGACAGAGUUUCUCCUGGCUGUUCAUAUAAAGUCUCUGCUAGUGUUAGUGUAUCAGGACCUAUUCUUGGGUCGGCGCAGGUCUUGGCCACUUUAAGGUUAGAGCAUCAAAGCUCAGCAACGGAAUAUCAAGGAAUUGGAAAAAUUUAUGCUUCGAAAGAUAUUUGGAAAACUCUGGAAGGCACUUUCCUACUGUCAGGAAGACCUGACCGAGUUGUAUUCUUCUUGGAAGGGCCAUCUCCUGGGAUUGACCUUCUUAUAAAGUCCGUCACCAUUCAUUGCGAAAGCGAUAAUCAGUUUGAGAAGAGAAGCCGAGAAUUCUGCCCAGCUCCUGAAUAUGAUCACAUCUUCCUGAAUUCAAGCUUUUCCGAUGGCCUCAAUCAUUGGUCUGGAAGAGGGUGCAAUCUUAUGUUGCAUGAAUCUCUAGCUAAUGGGAAGAUACUACCGCAUUCUGGAACGUGUUUCGCUUCUGCAUCAGAACGCACACACAAGUGGAGCGGAAUCGAACAGGAUAUAACUGAAAGAGUCCAGCGAAAACUCAUUUAUGAAGCAUCUUCUGUUGUUCGACUAUCGCAUAGCCAUCAGACUGUGCAGGCCACUUUGUAUGUUCAAUACCUUGACCAACGUGAAGAGUACAUAGGCAUUUCCAGUGUUCAAGCACAACACGACGAUUGGGUACAGCUAAAAGGAAAGUUCCUCUUGAAUGGAUCUCCAGCUAGAGCAGUUGUUUACAUUGAAGGACCACCACCAGGGAUUGAUGUUUUUGUCGACCAUUUCGUUGUAAAGCCUGCAGAGAAAGACACUCCUUCAAGACGACCAUAUACUGAGAGUCAUGCUUUUGGGAUGAACAUAGUUUCGAAUAGCCACCUAAGCGAUGGAACAAUCGAUGGUUGGUUCCCUCUUGGAAACUGCCAUUUAAAAGUUGGAGAAGGCUCUCCUAGGAUAUUACCUCCACUGGCGAGAGACUCACUUACAUCAACACAUGGAUAUCUAUCUGGAAAAUAUGUGCUCGCGACAAACCGUAGUGGAACAUGGAUGGGUCCUGCUCAGAUGAUAACUGACAGAGUGGAGCUGUUUCUAACAUACCAGGUCUCAGCUUGGGUUAAAAUCGGCUCAGGAGGACUUACCAGUUCACAGGACGUAAAUAUCGCACUCAGUGUUGAUGGUAAAUGGGUUAAUGGAGGAAAAGUUGAGGUCGAUGAUGGCGAUUGGCAUGAAGUUGUGGGUUCAUUUAGAAUCGAGAAGCAAGCAAAAGAAAUUAUGCUUCAUGUCCAGGGUCCGUCUCCUGGUGUUGAUCUUAUGGUUUCAGGUCUCCAGAUUUUUGCUGUUGAUCAUAAGCUACGGUUGAAUUAUCUCAGAGGACAAGCUGAUGUGGUUCGAAAACGCAAUGUUUGCCUCAAAUUCUCAGGUUUAGAUCCUAGCGAAUUGUCUGGCGCAACAGUGAAGAUCAGACAGACACGUAACAGUUUCCCACUCGGGUCGUGCAUUAGUCGGAGCAAUAUAGAUAACAAAGACUUUGUCGAUUUCUUUCUUAACAAUUUCAACUGGGCAGUGUUUGGUAAUGAGCUGAAAUGGUACUGGACAGAGCCAGAGCAAGGGAACUUCAAUUACCGGGACGCAGAUGAGAUGCUAGAAUUCUGUGAGAGGUACAACAUAGAAACCCGAGGCCAUUGCAUAUUCUGGGAGGUAGAGUCCGCUAUUCAACCGUGGGUCCAACAGCUGAGCGGUUCCGAGCUAGAAGCAGCGGUUGAGAACCGCGUAACAGAUCUUCUUACCCGUUACAAUGGGAAAUUUAGACACUACGAUGUGAACAAUGAAAUGCUUCACGGAUCGUUCUAUCGAGAUCGACUAGGCUCUGAUGCAAGAGCAAAAAUGUUCAAGGCUGCGCACGAGUUAGACCCCUCAGCGACUCUGUUUCUGAAUGAAUAUCACAUAGAAGACGGAUUUGACUCGAGGUCAUCCCCUGAGAAGUACAUAAAACUCGUACACAAGCUGCAAAAAAAAGGUGCACCCGUGGGAGGAAUCGGGAUUCAAGGACAUAUAACCAGUCCGGUCGGUCACAUUGUCCGUUCUGCUUUAGACAAGCUAAGCACACUGGGGUUACCCAUCUGGUUCACGGAGCUCGAUGUGUCCUCGAUAAAUGAACAUAUAAGGGGAGAUGAUCUGGAGGUGAUGUUAUGGGAGGCGUUUGCUCAUCCAGCGGUUGAAGGAGUGAUGCUUUGGGGAUUCUGGGAGCUGUUUAUGAGCAGAGAACACGCGCAUUUGGUGAACGCGGAUGGUGAAGUCAACGAAGCCGGGAAGAGGUUUCUUGAGAUGAAACGAGAGUGGUUGACUUUUGUGGAUGGAGUGAUCGAGGAUGAAGGAGGACUGGAGUUUAGAGGUUAUCAUGGGAGUUACACAGUAGAAGUUGUUACUUCGGAGAGCAAGUACGUGACGAACUUUGUUGUUGACAAAGGCAAUUCUCCGAUUGAUGUCAUUAUAAAUCUUUGAGGUUUCAUUGUAACUGACAAGUAAAGAUGAACGUACAAUGGCAAAAAAAUGUAAGCCCUUGUCUUUGUUUUCUUGUGGA